UGUCAGAGGAACGGAACAGGAGGGCGGGACUUAUAGCAAGAGCACACGGGAAAGCGGAAGUGUUUGGAUACUAGUGUUAGUGUGAUAUAUAUGUCAAAACCGUUGUUGUAUAACCAAUAAAUAGCGGAUUUACCUGAUUAUAAAUGCGACUCAAAAGCUAAAUGUUACCUGUCUUCUUUCAUAAGUGGCUAACUUUGAAGUCAAAGUGAGAACAAGGAGAUAUCAACGUUAACGUGAGAGUAAUGUCGGCCAAAAUAAACGCAACUAAAAGCAAAGACAGCCAUGAAGUUAUCAAAAACUACCAUAAGGUGGCAUUUGAAUAUAUAUCGAAGGCAUUAAGGAUCGAUGAAGACGAAACAGGAGAAAAGGAGGAGGCUGUGCAGUGGUACAAGAGGGGGAUUGCUGAACUUGAAAAGGGCAUUGCAGUAGAGCUCACCGGAAAAGAAGAUCAAUAUGACCGAGCAAAGAGACUUAAGGAUAAAAUGGUCAACAAUCUCACCAUGGCAAAAGACAGGCUGACCCUUUUAGAGACAUCAUUGGCAUCUAAAAAGAGUAGUGCUCCACCGAAGACCUCAAAUCAUGCUCUCCCACAGCCAAAGCCUGCUCCUAAAAGCCAGCCCACAGUGCGUGGUUUGUCCACUAACAUCAAGCCUGGCAGAGCUGUGCCUAGAUCCACAGAUCCAAAGGUGGCUCCACAGGUGGGAAAAGCUCAAAAUGGAAAAAUUGCAGCUGCAAAACAGCCACUAAAGAGGGAUAUGAAAAACUUCAAGAAUGUGGACAGCAAACUGGCCAACUUGAUUCUGAAUGAAAUUGUUGACAGAGGGGCUUCUAUAUCCUUUGAAGACAUCGCAGGGCAGGAUCUGGCCAAACAAGCACUCCAAGAGAUUGUCAUUCUGCCUGCCUUAAGACCAGAGCUGUUUACUGGCCUGAGAGCUCCAGCACGUGGUUUGCUUUUAUUUGGCCCUCCCGGAAAUGGGAAAACUAUGCUGGCCAAAGCAGUUGCAGCAGAGUCUGACGCCACAUUCUUUAACAUUAGCGCUGCCAGUCUGAACUCUAAAUAUGUGGGUGAAGGCGAGAAGCUUGUACGAGCACUGUUUGCAGUCGCCAGAGAAUUACAGCCCUCUGUCAUCUUCAUUGAUGAAGUGGACAGUUUGCUUUGUGAAAGGAGGGAGGGAGAACACGAUGCCGCUCGUCGUUUGAAAACAGAGUUCCUCAUUGAGUUUGAUGGGGUGCAGUCAGGAGGGGAUGACAGGGUGCUUGUAAUGGGAGCAACCAACAGACCUCAGGAACUUGAUGAAGCAGCGCUGAGGCGCUUUGCAAAGAGAAUAUAUGUGACAUUGCCAGAUGUGGAGACAAGAUGCACACUGCUAAAAAAUCUUUUGGAAAAGCAUGGAAAUCCGCUGAGCAAAAAUGAGCUGUCCUAUCUGGCAAAAGCAACCGAAGGAUUUUCAGGAAGUGAUCUCACAUCAUUAGCCAAAGACGCCGCACUCGGGCCAAUUAGAGAGUUGGGACCAGACCAAAUCCGGAGUAUGGCUGUUAAUGAGAUGCGUAACAUCAAGAUGAAAGACUUCGAAGAUUCCCUGAAGCGCAUUAAGCCCAGCGUUAACCCAGCCACUCUGAAAAUGUAUACCAAAUGGAACAAAGAUUUUGGUGAUACAACUGCUUAUUGAACUUGAAGAUUACAGUAAUUUUGUCUGAAACUGAAAAUCAAAUAACAGGAGAGUCCUCUGUUUUACUCUGCAGGUACAAGAUCAAUAUUAAUGAACCUAAAAAUCUGGAAUAAAUCCUUUAUAGGUUGGUAAAGCCUUAUAUGUGUAAUGUAAAAUGUUAUGGCAUUUGGAGGGAUUAUGGGUAAAUUUCCUGUUUUUUCAAAAGGCUUUCCUAACAGGCUUACUUACUGUAUUAUUAUACUCCUAAAAUACUUAGAGAACAGUGUUGCUACUUGAAGUUGCAUUAUUUAUUCUGAAGAAUGUCCUGCAACAUGUCAAAGGGUCCUACUCUUGUGAGGGUAGCACAUUUUUGUCCUGUACAUCCUGGCACACUUAAGACUUUUACACAUCCAUUAGAUACCUGAUACAUUGAUAUGUUGGUGGUACUGAUCACCAAGUGCUCUGUAAACAUGCAAGAGUGAAGAUAUCUCGGAAAAGGUUUGCAGCAUUUGGUGAUUCUGUAUGUGUAAGAAAGUUUUUCCAUUUGCACUUUUGAUUUUGGGGGUAGUUAUCUUUGAAAGUAGGAAUGAAUUAUUGUGUUGACCAACAUUGUUUUUCCUAAAAGAGUUAUGACAUUUGGUUGAAAAGUAUUUUAUUGAGCAGAACUGUGAUGACUUCCCACUGUCCUCAUGUAUCAAUAAAGUUGUUGAAGUUUCUUUGAACUUUGAAGAACUUUGAGUGUGCUGCAAUGCAUAGAAAAGGGCUAUACAAGUGUAAGACCAUUUCAAUCGGAUACUAAAUGCAGAUCAAUUUACGUGAGUGCUUAAACUGAUUUUGUUUUGUGGCACCCAAAACUAAAAAUGUCAUAUCACCUUUUUUAUGAAAAUUCAUAUUAAACAAGACACAGAAAGGAAAACAUUAAAAAACCAAAUAGUUUAAUGCUGUUUUUAUCCCCUACACGCCCUCUCAGCGAAUAUAUCAGAUUGUUUCCAUGCAAUCCAACAGGGGACCCCAACUCAUUAAACCCGUCUGAUACAGU